GUUUUGAUGGAUGCUUUUCUAGCACAUAAUCACGUAAUUAUACUUACUGUUGCUGCUGUGAAUGUUCUUUUAUGUCUCAUGCCUCCUUAUAACUAAACUAUUGCAAAAUAAUCACAUUUUAUCGAUGAUAAUGAUGAUAGCAUUUAAGAAAGCACUACUAAAGUUUAAAGAUAAAAUCAUAAAUUCAAAACAGAAGAGGAAGAAGAGGAAGAGAACGUUGGUUGUAAUAAAAGUAACCAAGUCUAAGAAUCUGAAGAUUAAGACGAAGUCUUUUUUAGAAUUUAUGAUGGUCUUAAAAAGUGAUUUAAUACUCAUUUCAUAACCG